AUGUAUGGAAUUGACGAAGAAGCUCUCCUCCGCGCCUUUGAGAUCGCGAUCAUUGAACAAUUUCGGGUAGGCAUUCCAGACCAUAUUAUUGCUAGACUGGAUCCAAUAGAGCUCGCCAAAGCAGCACAAGAAGCAGGUGAAGAUGUCGACAGUUUUUGGGCCUUGGAUGUGCGAUUCAAGUACACUGUUUGGGCUAUGAAGUCCCGUAAUGAGAAUGUGUCUGUUAGAGAUGGUAGUCAGAGUAUUUUGUCUUCGUUGCUGGGUUUGGAAGUCAUCGAGGCAGCUCAGGCUGUGCGUGACCACUUUAUUGCGAAGCUUGCCCGUAUGUUGAUGCUCAUCAUGGAUGAGUUUGAGGAAGACAAUCGGUCUAUUUCCAGUUAUGGGGUUGAUAGUAUGAUUGGGACUGAGUCGCGGAAUUGGAUCUUCAAGGAGCUGGGUUUGGAUAUCUCUUUCCAGCAGCUGUUGGAUCCAAGUUUGACAAUCGCCAAGUUUGCAGAACAUCUUGUGCAGUGGGAUUAUAAUGGUGAUAUAGUGUGA